GCCGUAUCCACAAGGUUACCCACACCCGCGCCGUGCGUCGUAUCCAAUUGCUUGUCGCGCGUUAGUAAAUGCAAAAGUAACGGGAUCUCACUACGGAGCUUAAAAGACGCGCUGGACCCUGGUUCCUGAGGCCCUGGAAACCUUCCCGAGAUUGUCGCUCAAACUUAUUCACGACUAUUGCAUUGCGACGACGCACGCAAUGGCGACGAAGCAGCACGAAGGCAUCGCCAUCGCCAGAGACGGCGAAAAAGGCCCCGCGUACGACGUCCCCGAGCACGAUGAAGUCGGAAACCUCGAAGUAAUCGACGGUCUGCAUCGGCGGCUUUCGAACCGCCAAAUCCAAUGGAUCGCUAUCGGCGGCUCGAUCGGGACCGCACUGUUCGUCUCCAUCGGCUGGGGCCUCGUGGAGGGCGGGCCCGGUAGCUUGUUCAUUGCGUUCGCGGGGUACUGUUUCAUCCUCGCGCUGGCGAACAGCUGCAUGGCGGAGAUGAGCGUGUUUAUGCCCGUGGUUGGCGGGUGGGUGCGCAUGGGGAGUAAGUGGGUGGAUGAGGCGUAUGGGUUUAUGGCGGGGUGGAAUUUCUUCCUCUACGAGGCGGUCCUGAUCCCGUUCGAGAUCUCAGCCCUCAACCUAGUCCUCACCUACUGGCGCGACGACAUCCCGGUCGCCGCCGUCGUCGCAGCCUGCAUCGUCCUCUACGGCAUCAUCAAUCUGUUCGCCGUCCGCGCAUACGGCGAGUCCGAAUUCUGGCUCGCCUCCGGCAAAGUCCUCCUAAUAUUCAUGCUCUUCGCCUUCACCUUCGUGACCAUGGUGGGCGGCAACCCCAAGCACGACGCCUACGGCUUCCGCUACUGGCGCACGCCGGGCUCCUUCGCCACGUACAUCCACUCAGGCUCGCUGGGCCGCUUCGAAGGCUUCCUGGGCGCCUUCUUCCAAGCCUCCUUCACCUGCGUCGGGCCCGAGUACGUGGCCAUGGUCGCGGGCGAGGCCAUCUACCCGCGCAAAACGAUCAAAAUGGCCUACAAGACGAUGUACUUCCGCUUCGGCCUGUUCUUCAUCCUCGGCGCGCUCUGCGUCGGCAUCAUCCUGCCGUACGACGACCCCACGCUGAACAACCUGCUGCUGACGGAGGGCACCGGCACCGGCGCGAGCAGCCCGUAUGUGAUUGCGAUGCGGAAUAUGGGGAUUAGCGUGCUGCCGGACUUGACGAACGCGCUGAUGGUGACGAGUAUAUUCUCCGCUGGAAACUCAUACGUCUACUGCGCCACGCGCACGCUGUACUCGCUCUCCAUCGACGGCCACGCGCCGCGCUUCCUGCAGAAGACCACCCGCGCCGGCGUCCCUAUCUACUGCUUCUGCGUCACCAUGUUCUUCCCGCUGCUGGCCUUCCUGUCCGUCGGCCACGCCGCCUCCGAGGGCGUGAAAUGGCUCGCCAACAUAACCCAAGCCGCGCAACUAAUGGACUACAUAAUAAUGUGCACGACCUACCUCUUCUUCUACCGCGCCCUCCAGGCCCAGGGCAUCUCGCGCGACUCGCUGCCCUACAAAGGCUGGGGGCAGCCGUACGUCGCCAUCGCCGGCGUCGUGCUGUUCAGCGUCAUCCUGGCCAUCUACGGCUACGCGACCUUCUACGCCUUCGACGUCGGCACGUUCUUCACCUACUACGCUAUGUGCUUUGUGUGCAUUAUCUUGUGGGUCGGGUUUAAGCUCGUGAAGAGGAGUAAGUUUGUGAGGCCGGAGGAUGCGGAUCUAGUGUGGGAACGCCCGAGGAUCGAUGCGUAUGAGGCUAACCCACUCCUCCACUCCUCUCGGAAGCGCUGCGCUGCGUUGCGUUGCGCUGCGUUGCCACACCCGACCGACUACCAGCCCCCAUGCCACCUAUGACGCCCGUGGUCCUUCCUCCCUCCCUCUUUGCUGCACUCCGUACACUACCCCUAGAUUUCCCACCCACCCCAACGUUAUCAUACUACAGACCAACGAGCAAGCGAUAUCGAUAUCCGCCCACGGUGAUGGUAAACAAAGCCUAGCAGCAGAGUGGAAUGUCCGUUCCUAGAAUCAGCUACUCGCGGGAGCACGAGACCGCUGCAAGGGUGGAGACGCGACCAACUUGCCAGGGCUCGAGGUGACUGUGUAUGGAUUCGUCCUGAUGGUAUGGUAUGGUGCUGUGCUGUGCUGUACUGUAGAUGAGAUGAGACGCGCGACGAUCUGGGCAGGAAGGAAACCGGCGACAUGGUCGCGACACUGUAAGCGGUGUGAAGGAUCUGAAAGGCUGCGAUUUGGCGUGGGCAGGACCUGGAUUUCGUUUGGGG